AUGCAGAUACCAAAACUAAAAAAUCUCAUUUACACAAGUUGCAUCAAGUCAACCCUCUAUUCUUGGUCAAGCCUAAAAAAUCUAUGCGACUUCGACCUCUGCUAGCUCUCACUCUCGCACUCUUCACUUCAGCUUUCAUAGCCAACUGAUCCAAGCAAUGUCUCUCUCGCUCAUUCUCAGUCCCUUCUUGGCACCCCCUCAAAAAGCCCACUUCAUCAACUUCCCUCUCGCUAGACAUGAACAAAGAUUUAACGUUUCUUUUCCAUCAAAAUUCAGGACUCUAACCACUGUAGUUAGAUCAGUUCACGAUGAUUCUAGUCAUCUACCUGUGACUCCAGCAAAACCCAGAUGGGAAAAUGUGUUGUCCACUGCAGCCAGCUUGUAUCCUCUCUAUGUGACUGUAGGAGGGGUUGUUGCUUGCCUGAAGCCCUCUACUUUUGCUUGGUUUGCGAAGACCGGCCCAGGUUCAUAUAGUUUGUCGCUCGGGUUAAUCAUGUUGGCAAUGGGUCUUACUUUGGAGCUCAAAGAUUUGGUUGGUUUGUUCAUGCAAAGGCCUCUCUCUAUACUAUUUGGAUGUGCUGCUCAGUAUACCAUCAUGCCAGCUUUUGGAGCCAUUGUCAGCAAAUCCUUGGCACUUUCACCUUCUCUUUCAGUUGGACUGAUAUUGCUUGGAUGUUGCCCUGGAGGUACUGCCUCUAAUGUGGUGACCUUAAUUGCUCGAGGGGAUGUUCCGUUGUCUAUUGUAAUGACAGUAUGCACUACUCUUGGCGCAGUACUUCUCACUCCCCUGUUGAUGAAGAUUCUUGCAGGGACUUAUGUUCCUGUAGAUGCUCUUAAACUUUCUAUCAGCACCCUGCAGGUGGUUGUUGCUCCGAUUCUGUUGGGUUCUUAUUUGCAGACCAUGUUUCCUGCAGCAGUGAAAGAAGUGACGCCUUAUGCACCACUGUUUUCCGUUUUGGCAGCAUCACUGCUUGCAUGCAGCAUCUUCUCAGAAAAUGUUGUUCGUCUUAAAUCCUCAAUUGUUGGUGCUUCAUCGCCUCCUGGUUCCUCUCCAGUUCCUUUCAUUCAAUCAAUAUUGUCCGGAGAUCUGGGAGUUGUAUUACUUUCCGUUUUGCUGCUACAUUUUGCUGGUUUCUUCGUGGGUUAUCUAUCAGCAGCUAUAUGUGGAUUUAGUGAACCAGAACGCCGAUCAAUAUCAAUAGAGGUUGGCAUGCAAAACUCUUCCUUGGGUGUGGUUUUAGCAACAUCCCAUUUCAUUUCUCCAAUGGUUGCAUUGCCCUCUGCAAUGUCUGCUGUGGUUAUGAAUAUAAUGGGUAGCAGUUUGGGAUUCAUUUGGAGACAUAUUGAUCCCUCCGAUUCUGACAACAGGGCUAAGCUUGAUCAGAAGUGAAGAUUGAGUGCUGGUAUAAUGUUGGUUACAUGUUUGGUUUGCUCUCUUUCUUCACUGAAAUGCAUUAGAAUUAUUUGCUUGAAUUAUUUACUUCUCUUCUGCUUCUUGGUCUUCGGCUAAUGGAUAUUGAACUGGGUUCUGAACCUCACUUGACCUGUUGAACUCUCAGCUUGAUCAUGAGACCUAGGGUGUUCAUGGGUUGAGCCAAUACAUUAAAUCUGACCAACCGAACCCAAUCCGAAUUUUGAACCAGCAAAAUUGGUUUAAAUUAUAAUAUUGGAUUGAUUUGGAUAUUUAAUUCAAUUUCUUUAACUUUUUA